UUUCACCCCCCGCCGACCCGGAAGCAGACGCUAGUCGCGAGCUGUUUCCCAUCGGUGGAGUAAAGAUGGCUGACCAGGGCGCCGCAGAACCCGCGAAUAACAACAAUAAAGCUGACGCCGUGGAGGGAACCAUCAUUAAGGUCACCGUCAAGACCCCCAAGGACAAGGAGGAAAUCGCUAUCGCUGAAGAUUCGUCCGUCACGCAGUUCAAAGAGGAGAUCUCCAGGCGCUUCAAAGCCAAGCAGGAUCAGUUGGUUCUGAUCUUCGCCGGUAAGAUCCUGAAGGACGGCGACAGCCUUAGCCAGCACGGAAUCAAAGAUGGCCUGACAGUGCACCUGGUCAUCAAGACGGCACAGAAGGCCUCAGAUGGAGGCAACACCUCGGCCCAGAGCUCCUCGUCCACUCCCGUAGAAAGCACCAGCGCCUCCAAUCCGGGCAGCGCACCUUCCUCCUCCGGGUCCGCCGCCAACUCCGCCCCACCGCCCGCUCAAUCGGCCAACCUACUGAGUGGUUUCGGCGACUUGUCCAACUUGGCGGUGCUGGGCAUGGGCUCGUCCAACUUCAUGGAGCUGCAGCAGCAGAUGCAACGGCAGCUCAUGUCCAACCCGGAGAUGCUCUCGCAGAUCAUGGAGAACCCUUUAGUGCAGAACAUGAUGUCCAACCCAGACCUGAUGCGCCAGAUGAUCGUGUCCAAUCCGCAGAUGCAGCAGCUGAUGGAGCGCAACCCGGAGAUCUCGCACAUGCUCAACAACCCAGAGCUCAUGAGACAGACAAUGGAGCUGGCUCGCAACCCGGCCAUGAUGCAGGAGAUGAUGCGCAACCAGGAUCGGGCACUCAGCAACUUGGAGAGCAUCCCGGGCGGCUACAACGCCUUGCGCAGGAUGUACACCGACAUCCAGGAGCCCAUGUUUAGUGCAGCCAGAGAGCAGUUCGGCAACAACCCAUUCUCAGCCCUCGGCGGCGGCUCAGAGUCUGGCGCGCAACCGUCGCGGACGGAGAACCGCGAGCCCCUGCCCAAUCCCUGGGGUCCACCCAAUGCCUCGAACCCCCCGGAAAACGGCGGCACGGCGGGAGGAACCGGCGCCCCCGCUACCGGCACCAACCCCACCGUGUCCAACCCGCUGGGCGUCAACCCUAACAGUCUGGGAAACGGAAUGUUCAACAGUCCAGGCAUGCAGAGCCUCUUGCAGCAGAUCUCGGAAAACCCUCAGCUCAUGCAGAACAUGCUGUCCGCUCCAUACAUGCGCAGCAUGAUGCAGUCGCUGUCCCAGAACCCAGAGUUGGCCUCACAGGUUAUGAUGAAUAACCCCUUAUUUGCCGGAAACCCACAGCUGCAGGAACAGUUUCGGUCUCAGCUUCCCAUUUUUCUCCAGCAGAUGCAGAACCCAGAAGCGCUAUCAGUGAUGACGAACCCACGCGCCAUGCAAGCGCUCAUGCAGAUCCAGCAGGGCCUACAAACGCUGCAAACGGAAGCACCGGGCCUCAUGCCCAGUUUGAUGUCAGGCGGCCUUCCCGGUGGGAUUCCGGGCGGCGUUCCCGCAGGCGUACCCAGCGGCAUUCCCACGAGCGGCACCGCGCCCACCGAGAAUCCCGCGUCCUCACCCAGCGGCACCGGGACAGCGCCAAAUGCCGCCCAGCAGCAGCUGAUGCAACAGAUGCUCCAAAUGUUUGCAGGAGGAGGCACAGCGAACCAGACCCCCGAGGUCCGCUUCCAGUCGCAGCUGGACCAGCUGAACGCGAUGGGAUUCAUCAACCGCGAGGCCAACCUGCAGGCCCUCAUCGCCACCGGAGGCGACAUCAACGCCGCUAUCGAGAGACUGUUGGGCUCGCAGCCCUCGUAAAGACGCGCGCACGCAGUACAUACUGUCGCACCGCAUUCAUACAUACACACACACAAACAAACACACCACACCCACAGACAAAAAGUAUCGCCUAUCGCUCCCCAAACUUUACAAAGACACUUCAGGCAAGAUCUGACUCCUCCAUAAUGUUCUCCAUUCCAUUUCUUUCCCUUUUUUGGGGGGGGUGCCCCCAAUCCAUCCACUUUGUGUCGCGACGGGUGGUCUCAUUCAUUUAUUUGCAACAGUAAGAAGGCUCUCAGUAAUGGAGAUCAGGAGAAAAUGACUUUCCAAAGUCUCAUUUGUUCCUCCUUCACGAUAAAAGCAACAAUUGCGGCUUUCCAGAUUCAAAACGUUGCCCUCCGCACUUGUUAAUUUGUCAUUCCAAGUGAUAUAAAAAGUGUCUUUGUGUGUCAGAGGCACCGCUGCUGUGCCUUUUGUGUCCUCCCCGUCAAUGCGAGACCUCCACGCAUGUGUGGCUGUGGCUGUGUGUGCACGGAAGGGUCGGGAAAGGGGGCGGUCCCACGUGAAAUCCACACAUCCGCACAUCACAGGACUUUUCAGACGCAAACAAUUGGCGCCGUCGAUGUCACCAAUAUGAAUGAAGCAAAAUGAGUUCUUUUUUCUUUUCAUUUUAAUCUGAUCUUGUUCUUUUUUUUAAGUGAAUUGAAAUUCAACGAUGAAAAUCAGAUGAAUCAGUUUUACAAUGUGAAUUCUAGUAUGAUGGGCCUACCCAAAACAGGUCAGGAAAAUGAAAGAAAUCUAGCGCUAGGUCGUCGUUUAUCGUUUCUCUCUUUUGGAAAAUCUCGGCAAUGUAGUUGUGGUAACCACGGCAACUGCUUCUCCAGCUUUGCUUUGUUCAUUGACUACGGCUCAAAA